AUGGACGAGGUAGGAAGUUUGCAAGAAACAUCAAAUUGGGAAAAUAUACUACAAUCUUUGGGGAUUGAGAAACUCGCAAAUGAUAUUGAGACGGAGGAUGUCCAGGGAAAGGUCUUGGAGUCCCUUGAAGAGUGUGAGGAUUUUUAUUACACAUACUCUUUGUGGGUAGGCUUCAGUGUCCGCAAAGCAGAUGUACGGAAAAAAAAUGGGAACAUCACCAUGAGAAAAUGGGUAUGUUCAAAAGAAGGUUUCCGCAAACACAUGGAAAUUGACAAGGCCGGUGGGAGCAAACGAAAAACAUCUAUUACUAGGACUGGUUGCCAAGCUAGUUUUCGAGUCGUAAUGAUGGGCGAUGAGGGUCCGUGGAUUUGCAAGGAAUUCCAACCUCUGCACAACCAUGACAAGGCAGCAUUAGAUGAGUUGCGAUUUCUGAGAUCAAACCGUUCCGUGUCAGAAACCCUAGUUGCUCAAGUGAGGUCAAUGAACCAAGUUGGGAUAAGAACUUCACACAUCAUCUCCCACUUGGCAAUGCAGUCUGGUGGGUACGAAAGGAUGCCUUGCCAGCUACGAGACGUUUACAACAAGGUCGCCCAUGUCAAAAGAAAAGAGAAAAGAUGUACAGAUUCAGAUGGUGCUUUGGGAUAUUUGGAUUGUCUGUCAAAGAGGGAUCCAAAUUUCUUCAUUCAAUAUCAAUGUGACGUGGACAACAGAUUGGGGAACCUAUUCUGGGCGGACGGAUAUUCUCGACGGGAUUUCGUCGCAUUCGGUGAGGUUAUUGGAUUUGACACAACAUAUAUGACAAACAAAUAUAAUAAACCCCUGACAAUUAUUUUGGGCGUCAAUCAUCAUUUCAAGACCUGCAUAUUUGGAAUGGCACUGCUUAACUCUGAGGAUGAGCAAACUUACUUUUGGUUGCUUGACAAAUUUAUUGAAUGCCACAAUCAUGUAACACCAAAGGUUGUGGUGACAGAUGGAGAUGGAGCUAUCAAAAAUGCUGUCUUGAAGUACUUCCCAAAUGCAACUCACCGGUUGUGUGCGUGGCACCUGUGCACCAACGCUUUAAAAAUUUCAAAAGACCCCUGA